UCCGCAAACAUUUCCAGCUUCUCGAGCUCAUCCCGAAGAUCAAGAGUUCUCUUUCGUUCUCUAUCGCCAGCCAAGCUCCGGCGACGAAGCUCUCUCCGCCGAUGGUGGCUUUCCUUCGCGGAGCUCCGAGCUUCUCCAACGCCAUCCCUUGCGAUCCCCUGUUACGCCAUUCGGGCUCUUCUCGGCCACUGUUGCUGGGUUCCCGGACCUCGAGGUUCUCUAAUGGCGAGCUGCGGUUCAUACCGAACCCUAGCUUUCCGUUGCUUCGCUUCAUUAGGGAUUCUCCUAAGCAACGGCAAUGGGUGGUGAGAGCUAAGGUCAGGGACUACUACGAGACGCUGAAUCUUGAUAGGAACGCCACUCUUCAGGAGAUCAAGAGUUCCUACCGGAAUCUCGCACGCAAGUAUCAUCCAGAUAUGAGCAAAAGCCCAGGUUCAGAAGAAAAGUUUAAGGAGAUUAGUGCUGCAUAUGAGGUGCUAUCAGAUAAUGAGAAAAGAUCUUUGUAUGAUCGCUUUGGUGAGGCUGGUUUACAAGGAGAAUAUGGAGGAACCGGUUUUCAUCCAGAUGGGGUAGAUCCUUUUGAAGUAUUUAAUUCUUUCUUUGGUGAUUCGGAUGAAUUUUUUGGGGGUGAGGACCCUGGGUUAUUCAAAUUUGGUACAAGAAUGAACCGCAGACAAGGGCUUGAUAUCCGUUAUGACCUGUAUCUGAGCUUUGAAGAAUCAGUCCAUGGAGGAAGUCGGGAGAUAGAUUUUACUUGUUUUGAAACCUGUGAUGGAUGUGGUGGUAGUGGUGCAAAAUCUAGCAGUUCCAUUAAGCUAUGUAGUGAAUGUGGUGGUAAGGGUGGGGUGAUGAAGACACAAAAAACACCAUUUGGAAUAGUUACUCAGGUAUCUAGUUGCUCAAAUUGUGGCGGUGAUGGCAAGAUAAUCACUGAACAUUGCAGAAAGUGUAGUGGUAAAGGCAGAAUACAGGCAAAACGGAGUAUUGUUGUUGAUGUACCAGCUGGUGCUAAUGAUGGAUUAACCAUUCGGGUUCAAGGAGAAGGAGGCAUUGAUAAGAUAAGGGGCAUAGUUGGUGAUCUUUAUUUGUCCAUACAUGUCAAGGAGAAACAAGGGUUUCGUAGGGAGGGUCUUAAUCUUUAUUCCGACAUUGGCAUUGAUUAUGCUCAGGCCAUAUUGGGUACAACGGUCAAGGUGGAGACAAUUGAAGGAUACAAGGAUCUUCAAAUUCCUUGUGGAAUACAACCUGGAGAGACCUUAAAGAUGGCUAAACUGGGUGUUCCAAAUAUAAAUAAACCUUCAGUUCGUGGUGACCAUUAUUUUAUCGUGCGAGUUGAGAUCCCAAAAGAUAUCAGUGCUGAGGAGCGGUUGCUAGUGGAAAAGUUGGCAUCACUAAGGGCUUCAUUUAAGGAUCAUAGAAUCCAUUCAAAAGAUGACCAAAAGAAACAGAAGGGAAGCAAACAAAUUAGUUUUCAGCAAAAAGAUUCCAGACCUUUGUGGGGUGCUCUUAAGAAGCUGUUCGGGGGAGGUCAAACUCGAGCAGGUUUCGCAUCAAUGAGUGUAGCACCUUUAUCACCAGCAUUUAUUCCGGCUGCUGCCACCACCACCCAUGUUGGACUGCAUCCAGCAAUCCUGAUCUCCAUUUGUGGUCUUCUUUUCACAGUGCUCGCCUCUUCUUUCAUACGGCGAAAAAUACAUCGAUUACCUCUGCAAUGUCAUCAGGUACAUCCAACUCAAUAGAAUUCGGGAACAAGAUUAAAGAUGAACACCAUUAAUGGACCAGAGCAUGGCCCUGCUGCAUUUUUCUUCUGUGAGUUUUACCAGCUUUAUUGGGCUGGAAUUUUCUAACCCGGUUUUGUUCCAAAUCAUCAAUCAUUGGUGAACCUAAGCUUUCCUAUUGGGGGAAAAGCUCAUAUGAUAAACCAGAGAGUCUAAAAGUUAGCGUUAUAAAUUUUGAAGGAAAACAUAUAUAAAUAUAUAUAUAUAAAUAUAUAUACAUGUAAGUUUUACGUUAGGAAGCAGUACAAAGAGGGGCUGACAUUACCAUGUUAUUCAAAAAGUCCAAACAUUUCUUUUCACAUCACUCAUGUCGUCCUGCUAAAUCAUGCUGACCACCAAUUUUGCCUUGUAAAGUGCAAACCAGGAAUCAAUGAAACCACACCAAAAUUCACCCUCCCCAUCCCUUUUGAAAAAGCUCCCUACUCAACACGUCUCUCUUGAAACAAUAACAGUGUGACAUGACACAUGACACAUGUCUCUCUUAAAACAAUACACGUGUUACAACUAAACACAUGUCAAACACUUAGCAACCAUACAUACUACAUACUAAACCCUGCUUCUUCCGUAAGAGAUCAAUCACUCAAACAAACAAAGACGGUGCAUAAAGGGAAAGAAUGGGACUAGAAUGGGUGGUCCUAAGCUACACAGCUGCUGCUGAAGCCACUCACUUUCCUACUCCUGCGAACAAUCCCACUCCGACACCCAGUUCGGCGCAGCGCUGAAGCCACUAGUGGCACUGGUGCCCUUUAGUCUUUUUCUAUUGCUAGACAUCUACUGGAAAUAUGAGUCUCAGCCCUUGUGCAAGAACAACAAGGCCAUCUUCUGCAACCCAACCGAGCUCAUACGCUAUCAAAAGUCUUUGGCAAAGGCUCAGCGUAACACUGUUCUCAUUGCCGUUUCUGGGUUUGUUGUGCAACUUGAACAUCUUGAGCAGCGUCUUCAGUAGCUCAUGAACCAUGACUGAUUUACCAUCUUUGUUUAUUUGUUAGUAGUUUGUUUGUUACUCAACUUAACUUUACCUUGCUGUCCUUAGUAACGUCUUUUCCCCCUUUGAUGUUAUGUGAUAGUUGAGAAGUUCGUCUGUGUGCAUUGUAUGUGCAUGGUUCUGUCCCGGGAUCUAUUUGCAAUUCAGUGUUUGUUAGUGGUCCUGUCACGCCCUUAACCCGGUUCAUCAGGCUCGGUGUGUAAGGCCUCAAA